UUGGUUACCUGUUAUUUCAAUUCAAACAGUUACACGCAUUCAAGAAAGGAAGUUGUUUUUGUAAAAGAAACUAAAAAAAAUGCCAAAAGACGAUCCCGAAACUGCAGGUCUUAAAAAAGAGCUGAACGACCUCAUCGCCAAAUGCAAGGCGGAUCAAGAAAAGGUUGCAGAUGCAAAGCUCGGCGAGAAAUGUGGCGAUAUGGGAGAUUUGCAGAAAAUACGUUUUGUGACUAAGAAAACUUUAAAAGGACACAUCAAUAAAGUUAACUCUGUACAUUACAGUGGUGAUUCUCGGCACUGUGUGACGGGUUCUUUGGAUGGUAAAUUAAUAAUCUGGGAUACAUGGAGUGGUAACAAAGUGCAGGUGAUACCGUUGCGCUCAGCUUGGGUCAUGAGCGUCGCAUUCGCCCCUUCUGGAAACUUCGUCGCAUGCGGCGGUAUGGACAACAUGUGCACAGUGUACGACGUAAACAACCGCGACGCUACAGGGUCAGCGAAGAUGGUCCGCGAGCUCGCUGGCUACGAAGGCUUUCUCAGCAGCUGUCGCUUCCUAGAUGACACGCACAUCCUCACCGGCUCCGGUGAUAUGAAGAUUUGCGUGUGGGACUUAGAGGUGGGCAGGAGAGAAGUGGAAUUCGAUGCUCAUGCGGGCGAUGUUGUCACCAUUUCUUUAGCACCAGAUAUGAAGACAUACGUUACUGGUUCAGUGGACAGAACAUGCAAACUUUGGGAUGUGCGGGCUGAAAAAGCAAAGCAGACUUUCUUUGGCCAUGAAGCCGAUGUGAAUAGUGUCUGUUACCAUCCAAGUGGUCAGGCGUUUGCGACUGCUUCAGAAGACAAGACUGCUCGCCUAUUCGACCUCCGUAGUGACCAACAGGUCGGGCACUACAAACCUCCAGGAAAUAGCGGAUUUACCAGUUGCGGUUUGUCACUCAGCGGACGAUACUUGCUUGCCGGAUCUGACGACAACACCGUGCACUCUUGGGACACCAUGAAAGUAGCCCAUACAGGUCAGCUUAAUGGACAUGAGAACAGAGUGACUUCAAUCUCUAUGGCUCCGAAUGGAAUUGCAUUGGCCAGCUGCUCCUGGGAUCAGAGCGUCAGAGUUUGGGGCUAGGGGAACCUACCUGUCCAUAAAACUGGAUGUUUCCAGGCUUGUGUUGCUAUGCCACUAUUAACUACGAUUUGAGAACCUUCUAAAGAAUAUAUUAUUUACUAGCGGACCCGGUCAAGCUUCGUUUUGACAUAAGUGCACUUAUUCUCUAUCCCUACUCUACCCUUCUAUACCUCUACCCCUACCCUACCCCUACCGCUUGACUCUUAAACGUUUGUAUGGGAAAUAGAAAAGGGCAGUUUUUAGGGUUUUCCCGGAAAUUAUUUGAUUUUUUCUCACCUUUUAAACCUUCCCUAUACCUCCACGAACAUUUCAAGACCAAGAUAAGAUAAAUCCGUUAAGCCGUUCUCGAGUUUUAGCGAGACUAACGAACAGCAAUUCAUUUAUAUAUAUAUAUAUAUUAUAUAUAUUAUUUAUAUUAUACUAAUUUAGAUAAAUUUCGUCAAAACCUUUGUCUUUAAAAUGUUGAAUGGUAGAGGAACGCGCAGGAGCCAACAAUAUAUUAAGAAUAUGUAUUAUUUUUAUCACCACCUAAAGUUGCCGGUUCUGAAAUAUUGACAGAUAUUCAUAUCCAUGUAAUUUAUAAAAAAUUGGAAACUAGUCAACGCCCGUAAUACUCUUGCGUGAGUACAAGGAAAAUUUCUAUUUUCUAAAAGCUUAUAUGCAAAUACCAGUCGCUUGUAAUUCGUCGCCUGUAUCUUAUUAUUUACACUUAACGUAAAUAUAAAUUAUAUCCAAUACACAUUGACGUGUAUGUAACUAUAUUCAAUAUAUACGUGCCUAUAGCAGAAUAUAUGAUAUAUUUUUAGGACGGAAUAUUAUAAAUAUGCUAGACAUUGGUAUAUUUUUGUUGUUAUUAAAAAUACUACUAAAUAUAUGGUACUUAUUAAAGA